UGUUCAAAACUUUAAAAACCAUUCGUUUUUGAUUAUGCUAAACCUCUAAUUCUCUCCUUCCUCCUCCACCACCACCACCUUCAAAACCUCGCCGGAUAUUAUGGGAGGAGAUUUUCGUCAUUUCUCCUCCCACGUUUCUCUCCUCCUCCUCUUCCUUCUCAUCGUCAAAUCCAGUUCUUCAUUCACUCCAGCUGAUAACUACCUCAUCGAUUGUGGCUCCUCCGACGAAACAAAACUCUCCGACGGUCGUAAUUUCAAAUCCGAUCAACAAUCCGUCGCGUUUCUUCAAACAGAUGAAGACAUCAAAACCUCCGUCGACUCAAUUCCGAUCACCGACUCUAAUGCCAGUACCCUUCCCUUAUACUUAACCGCUAGAAUCUUCGCCGGAAAAUCAACUUACUCCUUCUACAUUUCACGACCUGGUCGUCACUGGAUCCGUCUCCAUUUUUAUCCUCUCAAUCAUCCUCUCUACAAUCUAACAAACUCCGUCUUCUCCGUCACCACCGACACCACCGUCCUCUUACACGAUUUCUCCGCCGGAGAUACUUCUUCUAUCGUCUUCAAAGAAUAUCUAAUCUACGCCGCAGAGAAACUCUCUCUUUAUUUCAAACCACAUAAAGGCUCCACCGCUUUUAUCAACGCCGUUGAAAUCGUCUCUGUUCCGGACGAGCUUGUUCCGGACUCUGCUUCCUCUGUUCCUCAAGCUCCUGAUUUCAAAGGCUUAAGUAGCUUCUCUCUUGAGAUCCUUCAUCGGAUAAAUAUCGGAGGAGAUUUGAUUUCUCCGAAGAUAGAUCCUCUCUCACGCACUUGGCUCUCUGAUAAACCUUACAAUACGUUCCCUGAAGGUUCGAGAAAUGUCACUGUUGAUCCUAGUACGAUUACUUAUCCAGACGGUGGAGCUACGGCGUUGAUCGCUCCUAAUCCGGUUUACGCCACCGCGGAGGAAAUGGCCGAUGCACAAACCUCGCAACCUAAUUUCAAUCUCUCAUGGAGAAUGAGUGUUGAUUUUGGUCAUGAUUACUUCAUUAGGUUACAUUUUUGUGACAUUGUAAGCAAAUCGCUUAACGACCUUAUCUUCAAUGUUUUCAUCAACAAGCUCUCUGCAAUCUCUGCACUUGACCUCUCCUCACUAACCAGCGCUUUAGGUACAGCGUAUUACGCGGAUUUCGUGCUUAAUGCGUCUACGAUCACCAAUGGUUCGAUCUUGGUUCAGGUUGGUCCGACUCCGAAUCUUCAGUCGGGUAAACCGAAUGCGAUACUUAACGGUUUAGAGAUCAUGAAGCUGAACAAUGCUGCUGGGAGUUUAGAUGGACUUUUUGGAGUUGAUGGGAAAUACAAAGGACCGAUCGGUGGUAUGUCAUCUAAGAAGCUUGCUAUUGCGGGUAUUGGGUUUGUGAUGGCGCUAACCGCUUUCUUAGGGGUUGUCGUGUUGCUUGUUAGAUGGCAGAGACGUCCUAAAGACUGGCAAAAACAGAAUAGUUUCUCGUCAUGGUUGCUUCCUUUACACGCAAGUCACUCGAGUUACAUCUCGAGCAAAGGCGGGUCAACGUCGAGGCGGAUGAGUAUUUUCGGGUCAAAGAAGAGUAAGAGCAAUGGAUUCUCUAGCUUCUUCUCAAACCAGGGAUUAGGUCGGUACUUUCCCUUUACCGAACUACAGACCGCGACACAAAAUUUUGACGAGAAUGCUGUGUGUGGAGUCGGAGGAUUCGGAAAAGUCUACAUAGGAGAAAUUGAUGGUGGGACGCAGGUCGCGAUCAAAAGAGGGAGUCAGAGUUCGGAGCAAGGAAUCAACGAGUUUCAAACAGAGAUUCAGAUGUUGUCCAAACUCAGACAUAGACAUUUGGUUUCUCUAAUCGGAUUUUGCGAUGAAAACAAAGAGAUGAUUCUCGUCUACGAAUACAUGUCAAACGGUCCUCUGCGUGACCAUCUCUACGGCUCCAAAGAAAAUGACCCUAACCCUAUUCCUACCUUGUCCUGGAAGCAACGUCUAGAGAUCUGCAUUGGAUCAGCGCGUGGACUCCACUAUCUCCACACGGGUGCAGCGCAGGGGAUCAUCCACCGCGACGUCAAGACCACCAACAUCCUCUUGGACGAGAACCUAGUCGCUAAAGUUUCUGAUUUUGGACUUUCAAAAGAUGCGCCUAUGGAUGAAGGGCAUGUAAGUACCGCGGUAAAGGGUAGUUUCGGGUAUUUAGACCCCGAAUACUUCCGCAGACAACAACUCACUGAUAAAUCCGAUGUUUACUCAUUCGGUGUGGUGUUAUUCGAGGUUCUUUGCGCGAGGCCAGUGAUAAACCCACAGUUACCUAGAGAACAAGUUAACUUAGCAGAAUAUGCUAUGAAUUUGCAUAGAAAAGGUAUGUUGGAGAAAAUCAUCGACCCGAAAAUCGUGGGAACGAUUAGUAAAGGAUCGUUAAGGAAAUUCGUGGAGGCUGCAGAAAAAUGUUUGGCAGAGUACGGUGUUGAUCGACCGGGAAUGGGAGAUGUGUUGUGGAAUCUUGAAUAUGCUUUGCAGCUUCAAGAAGCAUCGGCUCAAGUUGAUUUAUCGGAGGAUAAGACUACAAUGAAUAUUGAAAUGGACCUUAUUCCCGGCGAGGAAAUGCAAUCUCCGUCGCAUUCAAUACCGUGACGAUGACGGUUUCCGAUGUGAAACUUCGUUUGGAUUUUUUUUUUUUAACAUGUAGGAUUUAAGAAAGCCUUUUGGUUUUUAUUUUCUUUUUUUCUUUCUUAAAUGUAGUUUCAGUUUAUUUAUUUCCGGAAAUGAGAUUUUUAAAAUUUACUUGUGUGAUCUUUUUUAAAAGACAUUGGGUUGUCUUGUAGAUUAUGUUGUGUAUACUUUGUUUGAUGUUAAUGAAUUUUCCCUUUCUUUCACCAAAA